GACGGUAACUUUUCUUGUACCGUGUGUUACCAAGAACGGUGUUUAUGUUCCCCAGUUUGUAUAUCAAGUUGUUGACUUCUUCGAGAAGGUGUUAAGUGCUUCUGGUGCAAGGCCGGGCAAGGUCGCUUCGUUCGAUAUAUUUUUAGAUCUACGAUCGGAUCCUAAUAAUAGACGAUAAUGGCUUUAUACAUGCGAUUAUUCAGUACAUCUUUAUUCAUCCUCUUCCACGUAGCGGCAGCCCCACAGAAUACAAAAAACGAAAUUGAAAACACGAGGCAGCAAAGAUCCUUCCCUUUCUACGACUACUACCAACCCGAAGGAUUAGAUUACAACUACGAAAUUGAGCAAGAGGAUUUCGUACCCGAAGAGCUAGAAGAAAACGAGUUGAGCAGCAGGACCCUUCCAUCUCGUAAACGUUACAACGCCCGUCCGCAAUUUAACUCCCCAAUUUAUUACAUCCGAAUGCCUCCCCAACCUUACAUGUUUGUGCCGAACCUCGGAUACGUAUCGCAACCGCCCGCUCAUCCCCUCAACCAGUUCCUUAACGUCCCGGUAAGCUUCCUCGCGAACGGGAAACCCUCGUCGAUUUAUCAGUGGAGCGGCGCUUUCGACCACUUCUCGGCACCGCCGCCGACCACGCCGAAACCGAAGCCGGCUAAGCCGGACUCGAACGUCCACCGACUACCGGGACAGUACAACUUCAACGGCAAACCCGAGGACAUCUACGUCUUGCAAGACUCGUAUAAUUCGCUUUAUAACGACGCCUUACAAAAUUUCUACCCUUGAACAUUGCUAACGUAGUUAGAUUUAACGGUUGUGAAAGAUCCAUUUUUAACCAUAAGGUGCGCAACUUAUUUAUUUACGCUCAAACUUGUUCUCGCCGACUUAGGUAACAGUGUGUCGUAUGUCCCCCCCAAAAACCAUAGGCUUUGUACUAUCGAUGAACAAUCGUAAUUUCACUCUUCUGCUUUUUAAUUUAGUUAGCGCUCAUCUACUUAACAUAGUUAUAAACGUGAAUAAGUGUGAGUGAUUGAUUAAACAUGUAAAUACUAGAAGUGUGCACAUUGCAAAUGAGACAAAAUGAAACCAAAAACGUUACAAGAAUUGUGAUUAUUUAAUUUAAUUACUUCUAAUCACAUUAAUUGGAUGAAAUUCGUAUAGAUAUAUUAUUUACUCUAGCUAGUUAUAUUUAU